AUGUCUACUCAAUCAGGAAUUGUCGCCUCCAAGAAACUCCUUGAAAGGUUUCUGAGUCUCUCCGGUGAGACUUUGCUUGUCACCAUCUCCGAAGACCAAACGCAAUUGGUUGAGGAUGAAUCGUACGAACAACCUUCGUCUGGUGAUUUAUCUUCCAUCUUCAGUGGCUUACACCAGCAUUUCCACAAAAAAUAUCCUCAGCCUGGGUACGCUAUAUUCCCUCGUCCAGAGGCGUCGGAUUUUGUUUUCAUUGCGUUCAUUCCUGACCUGGCCCCUAUCAGAGACAAAAUGCUUUAUGCCUCUACUAAAAAUACCUUAAUUCAGCAAAUUGGGUCCGGAUUCUUUGGGAAAAAAUACAACUUAGCACUCACGGAACUUGAGGAAUUGACACCAGAACAUUUUGCUCAUGCAACUCUUACCGAGACUGAUCCAAGUUUGUUCACUGAAGAUGAGCGAGUCUUGCAAAGCAUCAACUCUUUGCAAACACUAAGUGUGUCCCAAAAUCCAAAUUCUGCGUUUAAAAAAGAGCUUCCAUCGAUGCAAGGUCAUUCUGGCAAUGCUUUAUUUUUCGAGGUUGACUCCAAGCUUGAUAGUGUUCUUCGGGGAAACUUGGAGAACCAUCUCGUGGUGAUGAAUAUAGACUCAAGUGAGCAUUUGGUUUUAGCCAAUGUAACAGAGAAUGUUUCUGUGGAAAGCUUGGUGCAUUCUGCGCAACAGGCUGUAACUGAGUCUACACCGCUGUAUAUCAUCUUUGGAUAUACCCAUUCAAAAGUCUCAUUCAUUUAUCUGUGCCCGUCUGGUUCCAAAGUUAGAGACAGAAUGGUUUAUGCUGCAAACAAGAAAGGCUUGCUUGCACAUUUGACGUCUGACUAUUUUAAAGAAGGGCAACUCGAUAAAAUUUUAGAAGUGGGUGAUUUAGAUGAAAUCGAUAUUUCUGUUUUUGCAAGCCCAGAAGCAUCUGAUUCGAAAACUACUAAAAGCAACCUUAAGUUUUCCAAGCCAAAAGGACCUCGCAGAAGAUGA